GCUGUUUAAUGCUCCGCGCGGGCCCUCCGACUCGCAGUGGGUCUUACCUGGAGCGGGGUUGGAUGCAUUCGCCCCUGGUGACCGCUCCGAAAUCGGAUUUCAGAUGCAUGCCAGGUUUCCAGUGAAUGCCAGAAGUCCAGCUCACUCCCGAUGGAUCCUCCAAAUCCACAUGGAAGUGGUGGGUCAUUUGUGGUGAUCCAGCAACCUUCCCUGGAUGGCCGGCCAAGGUUGGACCAUGAGAGGGAAAGCCAGACCACCACUAUCUUGUCCCUGGACCAGAUAAAGGCCAUCAGAGGCAACAAUGAGUACACGGAAGGGCCAUCAGUGCUCAAAAAGCCUGGCCCUAGGCUAGCGCCAAGACCAGAGAAACAUGAGAGGACUCACGAAAUCAUUCCCCUUAACGUGAAUAACAAUUCUGAGCACCAAUCCUCAGGCCAUGGGGGGUUACCCAUUAACUCCAGGGCUCCUGUGCUGAGCAGGUCCACCAGUACUGGGAGUGCGGCCAGCUCAGGCAGCAACAGCAGUGUGUCUUCUGAGCAGGGCCUGCUGGGAAGAUCCCCUCCAUCCCGACCAGGUCCUGGCCGGCAGGUAGACAGGGCCAUCCGGUCCCAGCCUAAGCGGAUCUCCUCCAUCACAGAGGACCUGAAAGUUUCCUUGAAAGAGGAGCCCAUGACACAGCACAAGUUCAUCUGUGAACGGUGUGGGAAGUGUAAAUGCGAAGAAUGUACAGCUCCCAGAGCCUUGCCCUCUUGCUUGGCCUGUGAUCGCCAGUGCCUGUGUUCUGCCGAAAGCAUGGUGGAGUAUAGCACCUGCAUGUGUCUGGUCAAGGGCGUCUUCUAUCAUUGCUCCAAUGAUGACGAGGGGGACUCCUACGCAGACCACCCUUGCUCCUGUUCCCAGGCCCAUUGCUGCUCUCGGUACCUAUGCAUGGGGACCAUGGCCCUGUUCCUGCCUUGUUUACUGUGUUAUCCCCCGGCCGAGGGGUGUCUGAAGCUCUGCCGGGGCUGUUAUGACCGGAUCACACGCCCGGGCUGCCGGUGUAAGAACUCCAAUACUGUUUAUUGUAAGCUGGAGAGCUGCCCCUCUCGGGCUCAGGGCAAACCCUCAUGAUGAGGGGAGGUGGACUCAAUCUUGGCAGCGUCUCAACUUUCAGGUUGUGACUGGGUUUUUUUUUCUCUCUGCUCCCUCUGACCUUCAUUCAUCCUUUCUCAUCCUCGGGUCCCACCUUCUCAUUCCUCUACUGUUGGAUUUCAAUCCUGGAUUUCCUCCCUCUCUUUCCUGUGGAUGACCUUUGGAUGGUGACUUUGCACCUGGUUCCCACCUGGGACAAGAGCCUCAGGGCUCAUUUGCUUCUUGUGUUCACCGAAUGACUUUCUGAAGUCAUCCUUACAGACUCUGCAGUGUGUGUGUGUGUGUGUGUGUGCGUGUGUG